AUGCAGCAUGUUCCAGUGUUCGGCUACCCCAGUCCACCAGCCUCACCAGCGUUCGGCCAGCCCUGCACCAUCCCGAGCCAGCACAUCGCCGUCCAACAGCCGUGCCUGCCCCGCUUCGCUCCGGCGGCCCCGGAGGAGAGGUUAGGGAGGUUCAUCACCAGCUCGCUGCAGCUGACGGGCAUCGUGGGCACUGGCGCGUACGGCGUUGUCUACUCGGCCGUCGACACCAAGUCCAGCGUCCGCUAUGCUGUCAAGUGCCUCAGCAAGUUCAACCCGGAUGGGACACCACUGGACCGCCGCCAAGUCACUUUCCAGACCCAGGAGAUCAAGUUGCACUACACCGCGUCCAGUCACCGCAAUGUGGUCUCUAUCCUGAAGAUCAUCGACUACCCGGACUGCAUCUACGUUAUCUUGGAGUACUGCCCCGAGGGUGACUUGUUCUACAACAUUACCGAACGUGGGCAGUAUGUGGGUAAGGACGAGCUGGCCAAGAAGGUUUUCCUCCAGAUCCUGGAUGCCGUCGGACAUUGCCACAGCUUGGGCAUCUACCACCGGGACUUGAAGCCGGAGAACGUGCUCGUCUCUGACCAGGGCGAGACUGUCAAGCUGGCAGACUUCGGCCUGGCUACCUCCUCGGAGCGAUCUGAAGAGUACGGUUGCGGCUCCACUUUUUACAUGUCUCCAGAAUGUCUAGACCCCUCGUCAAGGAGGCCGUUCUACUACUGCGCACCAAACGAUGUUUGGAGCCUAGGAGUCAUCCUGGUGAACCUCACCUGUGGACGCAACCCAUGGAAGCAGGCAUCCUACGAGGACUCCACGUACGGGGCUUACACCAAGAGCCGGGACUUCCUGAAGACCAUCCUCCCAGUGUCGGAUGAACUGAACGACAUUCUGGGAAGGAUCUUUACCCGGAACCCGGACGAGAGGAUCAAGCUUCCCGAGCUGCGCGCUCGGAUCUCGGCCUGCUCCCGGUUUACCGAAAACUCGACGGCUCCGCUGCCGACGCCGCCUGCAUCGCCGGGCCACACCACUUACGUUUGCGAGGAAUCCAUCAUGGACGACGAGUACGACUACGACCACGAGGCGCCGCUCUCGCCCACCUCUUCGGAUGGGGAGUCGUGCUCGUCCGACGAAGAAGGAUCCCUCACCUCGACUUGCUCCAGUGUCGAAGACCUGGAAGACGACGACCUUGAGGACCUCCCGGAGGCCAAGACGCCCCCGCCUCAGUCCCAAGCACCACCGAUAGAGCCGGCAAUCUACGAAGCUGAGGAGCCGAGGAUGAUGCCGUUCCAGCAACACCAUCACCUCCCGCCGCAGGAGUACAUGCACCCCUACCACCCCAUGGCCGGCCCGCACCCGGUUCAGGGCAUGCCCAUGCCCGUCCAGCCGUGCGCGCCGCCAUCCAAGUUCCAGUUCCACCAAUAUUUCUGGGACGUCUUGAGGUAUGCACAGCCGACACAGCCGGUACCACAGUUGCACCAUCCUGUACCGUUCCACCACCAGGUUCCGCUGUUUGCCCACAUGCAGGGGUGCUACUAA